AUGGCUUCGUCUGACUCAUCUCGUGUUGGAGUUGAACCUUCUGCAUCGGGUGAUCAUCAUACAACAUCUUCUUCGUAUCAGCCACAUCACGAUGCUAGUUUUUGCGGCCCAUCUAAUGUCAUUGUAAAUCCUAUUUCUGCUGUGGGUCCAUCUGAUAUUUCUGCUGUAGGUCCGUCUGAUGUUGAUGUCAAUACCUUACCUGCUGUUAAUCCAACUGAAAGUUACAAUCCUGUGUUUACAACAGUUGCAAACCCAGUUGCAAAUCGACACACCCUUCAUGGGUUUGAAAUUCAGACGCUUGAUUCAAUGUUUACAUCAGGAACGAUUACGGCUGCCAUACAUGCUACACCUAAUGGCACCCCGUAUUGGAUACCUCAAGUUGAUGUUAGAUACCUUCCUGUGGUAAAUAGUACAUUUACCCAUUGGGAAGAUAUUGUCACGGUGUACAACACAUAUGCUACGCAAUCCGGGUUUUUUACUCGGAUCGGUACAUCGAAGAACAAAAAAUACAAAAUGAUCUUUGUGCCAUUCACCGGAGUUGAUCACCACAAAAAAUGUGUUAUCUUUGGCGCUGGCAUGUUAUACGAUGAGACUAUAGAGUCGUAUACCUGGUUACUAAACACCUUUCUGGCUGCACAUAAGAAACAACCAAUCUUUGUUCUCACUGACCAAGACGCAUCAAUGAAACAAGCUGUAUCAACCGUUUUCACAAACUCCAUCCAUCGUUUGUGCAUGUGGCACAUAAUGAGAAAACUUCCGUCCAAGAUUUCAAAUGACAUCCUUGAUAAUACCACUCUUCGUUCGUCAAUACAUAAGCUGAGAGAUACCAAUGUGUUGUUUGAUGAAGACUACAUCCAGAUUAUUGAUGCUCAGCGGCAUACACAACGAGAUCUCGAAUUUAAAAGCGACAUGUCGACCCCUCGCUUAUCUACCGGUCUUCGCAUAGAGGCACACGCGUCUGAAACAUAUACAUGGUCCAUGUUUCUUGAAGUUCGAAAAGAAAUAUAUAUGGGCAUGUUCCAUUGUAUGCCAAUUGAACGUCCUGGAACGACCGACGUAAAAAAUUACACUGUUCGUCACUGCAAAUCAAACAUGUCUUAUGUCAAUGAAUUUGAGGUGUCGCUCAAUGUACUUGAACAAACUGUAAGCUGUACAUGUCUUGGGUUCACUCGUAUUGGAUAUCUAUGCCGACAUGUAUUCUGUAUAUUCCGUUACCACCAAAUUGAACGGAUACCGUCCCAAUACAUCAUUCCACGUUGGAAACGAGAUGCGCUCCCGUCGGUUGUUCAUAGCAUAUCUAACAUAUACUCAUCUAACAACAGCGAGUUUGCUAUCAUCCACAAUGAAUAA